UUCGUCUCAUUUUGCAACAGUCGUUCUAGCACCACAAACAACAUGCCUCGCCUGUCGACUCUAUUGCUCGCGUCUGCCAUCAUGGCCGCUGCUGUCUCGGCGCACGGUGACCACGACCACGACCACGACCAUGACCUCAGCGAGUGUGGCAUCAUCGAAGACAAGGACGACUACGACCAAGGAAUCCACGUCGCGGCGAUCUUUAUCGUAUUUGGUGUGUCCAUUCUCGGCAGUCUGCUCCCCGUCGUCAGUUCGUACGUGUCGUGCCUUCGCAACAGCCAAAAGUUGUUGUCCCUGCUCAACUCGUUUGGGUUUGGGGUGGUGAUUUCGACUGCGUUCAUCCACAUGAUCCCGUCGGCCACGUAUAUGUUGGGCAACCCGUGCUUGGAACUGACCUACAACGGCAUCGCCAUGGUCAUCGUCGUCGCCACAGCCCUUGCUAUGCAAUUGCUCGAAACGGAACUCGUGCUGCUGUUGACCAAGAACCAGCAAGAUAACAACUCGGCCGAUUUGGCCAAACUCACCACUGACAUUGAGACGAGCGUUGCGCCAAUCGUGCCGGCGACGGAUGGACACUAUCACUCCCACCACGGCCACUCCCACGGAGACCUUGCCAAGAACAACACCCACAAGAAGAUCAACGUGCUGAUCUUUGAAAUCGGCGUUGCCAUUCACUCGGUGAUCAUCGGGUUGGACUUGGGCGUGUCCACGGGCGAUGGAUUUAUCACACUGCUCGUGGCCAUUUGCUUCCACCAGUUCUUUGAGGGGGUCGCGGUCGGUUCGUCCGCCGUCACGGCCUUCUCGAACAUCCGCUCGUCCGUCUUCACAGCCGUCGCGUACUCGCUCACGACGCCCCUGGGUAUUGCCAUUGGGAUUGCAGUCAACAGCUCGUACAGCAACACGUCGGUGACGUCGUUGUGGGUGCGCGGCGUCUUGGACUCGGUGGCGGGCGGCAUCUUGGUGUACACUGGGAUUGUGGAAUUGCUCACGUAUCAGUACACGAUCAACCAAGAGUUCCACGCUAAGUCGGGGGGCAUCCGAUCUCUCAACUACCUUUUCUUGUGGCUCGGCGCCGCUUCCAUGGCCAUCAUCGGCAAGUGGGCGUAAU